AUGCCCGUCGCAGUCCCCGAGCUCGGUUCCUACAACUUCGUCCAGGAGACGAAGGAAGACCUCCCGUGGGCGGAUCUGAUCACGCUUGACUUCAGCUUGUACGGUACGCCGGAGGGCAACCAGCAGCUCGCGAAGACGCUCGUCAAGGCCGUGCGCGAGGACGGCUUCUUCUACGUGAAGAACUUCAACAUCUCGCAGGAGCGCGUGAACCGUCAGUUCGCCAUCGGCAAGCAGCUGUACGAGAUCCCGCUCGAGGAGAAGCUCAAGUAUGUCCCUCAGGGACUGGACGAGGGCGCGUUCAACGGAUAUGUACCUGCGGGGCGUCGCAUCAUCGAUGCCGCUUCCGGCCUCCGCGACCGGGUUGAGGUGUACAACAUCCCCAAGUUUAACGGGGACUUCACGCACGACCACCCGCAAGUGCUUCAGCAAUUCCUCCCGGAAGUCGAGGAGUUUGCUCGUUCUCUCCACACCGAGGUCUUGGACCCGCUACACGAGAUUCUUGCCAUCGCGCUCGGCCUCCCAGUGGACUACUUGAAGAACAUCCACAAGUACGACGUCAAGAGCGAGGACCACCUGAGGUACAUGAAGUACACCAAGUUCUCGCCCGAAGAGAACGACAAGCUGGGCGGGCUUUGGGGACGCGGCCACACCGACUUGGGCAGCUUCACCCUGCUUUUCCGUCAACCGGUCGCGGCCCUGCAGAUCAAGAACCACACGACGGGCGAGUGGAGCUGGGUCAAACCCGUCGAUGGUACCCUCACUGUCAACACGUGCGACGCACUCUCUUUCCUCACCGGCGGCUACGUGAAGAGUACGGUUCACCGCGUCGCCGUACCUCCGAAGGACCAGCAGCACGUCGAUCGUCUGGGCCUCCUCUACUUCUCUCGCCCCAACAACGACGUCGAGCUCAGGACUAUCAAGGAGUCCCCUGUGCUGCGUGAGCAAGGUUUCACGGAGAACGAGUUCGAGAAGUCGGGAAACCCGGUCCCCACCAUGGAGACUUGGACGUUCGCCAAGCAGAAGUGGCAACGCACGAAGAACGUCGCGCGGGGCGACAAGAAGUUCGAGAAUGCGCAGAUUCUCCCCGGCUGGAACGAGCGCGUUUAUGCUUGA